GCCAUAUUUUGUGGCAAUCUGGAGUUUGAAGCUCGCCAGUCAGAUGUUGAGCGGCUUUUCAGAAGAUAUGGGAAGGUUGAUAGGGUGGAUAUGAAAUCUGGAUACUUGGAAUUCCUAGAUCUUCCUGGAUGAAGGGUUCUCUGCGUUUCUUUUUUGGCUUGUGCCAAAGAUACAUACUCUUAUGUUUAUCUGAAAGAACAAAUGUGAUCUGCCAUGGUUCUACCAUCCUACAAUUUACUGAGACCAUUGCCUUUUGCAUUCCUCAUGACCUUGCUCAGUCCUCAAUACCUGAAAUGUUUCAACAUAGAUAGCAUGAUCAUCUCGGAUCCAGUGGCUGCUGUUGAGUUCCUUCAUACAGAUUUUUCUUUCCCCUUCCCCCCUUCCCCCCUCAAUCAUGAGGGGUUUUGGGUGGUAAGUUUGAUCUAGUCGCAGUGUGCUGACAUAUAUUGGCAGGAGGCAUCUUAACUGAGCUUUAUGUAUGAAAAAUGUUACUGAAUUUUUUUGGUUUGAUUUCAUGGCGCUUUUGGUUUUGUAGGAUUUGCUUUCAUUUAUAUGGAGGACGAGCGUGAUGCUGAUGAUGCAAUUAGAAGACUUGACAGGAUAGAGUUUGGUAAAAAAGGACGCAGGCUUCGUGUAGAAUGGACUAAGGAGGAUCGUGGUGGUAGUAGGAGGCCUGAAAGCUCCAGGAAACCUGCUGCAAAUACUAAACCUUGCAAGACUUUAUUUGUCAUCAACUUUGAUCCAGUUCAUACUCGGACAAGGGACAUAGAGAGGUAUUUUGAGCCUUAUGGUAGAAUAUCAAAUGUUCGAAUCAGAAGGAAUUUCGCGUUUGUUCAGUAUGAAUCUGAGGAUGAUGCUAGCAGAGCAUUAGAAGCGACAAACAUGAGCAAGUUCAUGGAUCGAGUUAUUUCUGUAGAAUUUGCGAUUCGAGACGAUGAUGACAAGAGAAAUGGUCGCAGUCCUGACAGAAGAGGCCGUGACAUGUCACCUGGCAGGAGAGGUUAUGACCGUCGGCGUUCGCCUAGCCCAUAUAGAAGGGAUAGGGGUAGUCCUGACUAUGGGCAUGGAGCACUUCUAAACUCAAGGCCUCGCACCAGGGGAAGUCCUGAAUAUCGUCGAGCGGAAAGCCCUGUCAAUGAGAGAUAUCACAGUCGUUCACCGCCGCCACGUGAGAGGUCUCGAUCUUGAGGAGAAAACUUCCAAGCAAGAUUUCAUCACCCCGAAAAGAAAAAGAAAAAGAAAACCUUCCAAGCAAGAAGCUAGUUUAGAAGUUGUUUAUGUUGUCUGUAGGUCACGUUGUCAUCUGGAAUUUGUAGCUUUACAACCUGCAGAUGUAUAAUGUCUUUGUACCAUUGUGUAUGUUAGUUUGAUGUUGAUUUCCGUAAUGACUAAUGAGUAUGUUGUGUGCACAAAUAUUAAAAAUUCUACUCAUUGCAGUCGCAUU